UUCAUUAAUUCUUCUCAUUUUUAUCGCAUAAACGGCGUCCGAUUUAACACACCCAGAUGUAGUAGACAACCAGGACUAGAUGACAUUAAGGAUAACAUGCUCUAUGCUAAAAACGACAGGUCAGCAUCUUAACAGCUCGCUACCAAGAGGUCCAUCACAGAUUACCAAAUGAAAAUGGAGGAAAAGCCCCUCUCAGGCCCAGACAACACCAGGCUGGAGGCCCUGAUGCAAGACAUCUACUCCGAGCUGGUGGAAGACGCCUGUUUGGGCCUGUGUUUUGAGGUGCACCGUGCCGUUAAACAGGGCUACUUCUUCUUGGAUGAAACGGACCAAGACAGCAUAAAGGAGUUUGAGAUAGUGGAUCAGCCUGGAGUGGACAUAUUUGGUCAGGUGUUUAAUCAGUGGAAGAAUAAAGAGUGCGAGUGUCCAAACUGCAAGAGGUUAAUCGCGGCGUCUCGCUUUGCUCCACACCUGGAAAAGUGUCUCGGCAUGGGACGCAACAGCAGCCGCAUCGCCAACCGCAGGCUAGCCAGCAAUAACAACAUCAGCAAAUCGGAGAGUGAUCAGGAAGACAACGAUGACCUUAACGACAACGACUGGUCAUACGGAGCAGAGAAGAAAUCCAAGAAGAGAAAGUCAGAUAAGAAUCAGAACUCCCCAAGAAGAUCCAAAUCUCUUAAACACAAGAACGGUGAGCUUGGGACCAGCAUCAGUUCAGAUCCCUACAAGUACAACUACAAUGCUGGCAUCAGUUAUGAAAGCUUGGCACCGAAUGAAGUCAGAUCCUUAUUGACAACACAAUGUGGGGUGAUCUCUGAGCACACCAAGAAGAUGUGCACAAGGUCUCACCGAUGUCCACAGCACACAGACGAUCAGAGGAGGGCCAUCAGGUUGUUCCUCCUGGGGCCGUCCGUGCCGACGCUUCCCGACGUCGACGGCGACGGCUUCGACGUCCCCGACAGCCAGGCGGUGCUGAGCCGCCUGCAGUGGGAGGACUCCCCGGACAUCUCCCCCGCUGACUCCGCCUCGUCAAAAGCCAGCGGCAACCAUUCAGAUUCCAGGAGGCCCAAGAAGAAGAAGAAGCCGGCGGCGGUGGCGGCGGCUCUGAGCAUGAGCGGCGGAGGGGGAGGCGUGAAUCUGAUGGGGGUCAGCGGCGCCGUCUCUCAGAGUACCAUCAGCUUAUCGACCAAAAAGAAGAAGCCCAAAGCAGCGGCGGCAGCAGCGCCUUCCGUCUCAAGUAUCUUUAACGAAUUAAACUAGCCUGGACCUGCUUUAGGAUAUAAUUUAUCUGUGAAAGUGGGAUUCCUCUUUCUUCAUCAUAAACUCUCACUCAUCUACUUUUAGUGGCCAGCUUCAGGGGGGCUUUGUGUUCCUUUUAAUGUCGCUCUUUGUUAUUUCUAACUACUGGGGGACAAGAACGGCGCUCAGACAGAUUUUGCUGUUAAGUUUUACAUGUUUCUAAGGCGAAGAAAACAAAAGAUUUGGUUCAAAUCAUGACGAUUCACUGCAUCGAUGGAAAUGUGUUUAGAAAGCAGAAUCUAUGUAGCGAUAGAAGCAGUGAAACCCUUCUUCACGUCCAUUCUGUGGAUCUAAACAUCUGCACACCUGUUUAGGUGCCAUACUGUCGCUAUGUAGAGGAGAUUAUGACAAUCGCUUCAAAGCUCCUUCAGCUUUAAUGUGAGACACAUCCUGCACAGUUCAACUUAAAAAAAA